GGCUGCUGCAUCUUUGCGGCCGUUUUUCCGUAAGCGCGCGGGGAGUCUCGUCGAGCUCGCAGAGGGGAAGAAUGAACUGCGUGACGGGGAUAACCGUAACCUUGUCAGCUUGAGGUCAAUCGUGUGCGACCUGGCAACAUGCAGUGGCCACCAACCGAUUAAGGCUAGGCUAAAGGUGUCCCACCUGUUAUAGCGUUCGUUGUGCCUUUCUGAAGGGGGAAAGGCAUUACGAACGGGAUAGACGGACACCAAGAGCCUACGCCUAAGAAAGAAUCAUACCCGGUGGAUGUUCAUCCAUGUCCGGAAUUGAAAGAGGGUGAAGACGGAGAAGACUAUAUGAAGGAUGUGGCGCAGUGGCAGUUCCCAGAGGAAGCUGUGGAAAUCGUGAAGGACAUCGAGGCGUUUGAUAUUAGGUCAUGAACUUCUUGAUCACGACCAGUUUUUGAAACUUUUGAGUGGAGUAGUUCAGAAGUUAAUUGGAUCAACAGUUUUUUGAGUCGCGGAGCGCCUGAUGUUUGAAACCCUGCUCAAAAUCAAACUGCCUAGUAACAUUAUCUUAGGUAAUGUACUUGGUCAUACUUUAGUCUCCUAGUGACCAUAGUGACCAUUCGUUGGUGACACUGACUGAGAAGGACGAUUGGGGAAUUUCGUCCACAACGGGGAAGCAUAUCAGAUGACGACAUUCCCUUUUCGACAUUCUCAAUCAUAAAACCAAGCGAAGCGCCUCAAAUGAAGAAAGCUCUACGCACAAAAAGAAAACUAACGGGUUAAGUUUCCUUCUUGUAUCCUAGGUCAGUCCCUUCAUCCAAUACAGAGUCGCCUAGUUCUAGCAUUGGGAACUCCUGGAGAAGGUGUAGGAGUCGGAGCAUUAUCUGACUUCCGCAAUGAAGAAACUCAUCAAUUCUGGAUAGUUCUAUACCUAGUAGAUGCUUAUUUAUAACUUGACCUCAGUUCCUGUCAGCGACUCUCAUGCUGUGCUAGUCACUGUACGAGUUAUCUAUUGGGCUGUGCUCUUAUUCCUCUCCUUGCAUACUCUAUCUCCCUUGAUCGAGUGCUAUUCUCGAGAAUGGUUUAUUGUUCUAUCAUCCUCUUCUUGCUCUUGUACGUACAUCACUAAGCAUAGCAUACAGAAAAUAAAAUAUUAUAGAUACAUACAGUAUAAUUGCGUGGCCCCUUGUGUGAGGGCGCAGUCGAGGCAACCUACCUUAUCCUAUUUUUGCCUUUCAUAGGUAUACCCCAUCAAGACUGGGCGCACUACUACUACUACUGCUACUACUACUACUACUCCUACUCCUAGUUUUUCUUCUUCUUCUAAUGACAAGAAACGCCCGGAGGAGCAGCGCAACGCAAUGGAGAAGGCUGCGCCCAAGCUUAAGGCAUUCUGGGAGCGUGCGGAAACAAUAAAAGAGAAUUAAGGCAUAAAUCUAAGCUCCUAUAACCCAUGAGUGGGGGCAAGAUGUUUAGGAAAACUACUGAGAGCACCGCUCUCCUUUGAGGAGAGUGGACCUCAUGGGCCGAAGUAGCCCUAAUACGCGCAUUAGACAUACUUUAACUUUAAAAAUUAUUUUAAUUUGAAUUAUUUUAACAACUCCUCCUCAAUCAAAAAGAAAACUUGUAGGACAAUCAAUGCUUUAUAGGACAACAAAACAUGAUUUAGACUAACAAAAAUCGACACUAUCACAUCUUCAACUAAUGGCAAACAUCAAAAAAAUGAAGGCUUCUCAGUCAAGCUCUGACUUUCCACCGCAGUGCAGUAGCUCUGAGUUCUAGGCUCCGUUUGUUUUCUAUCCGUUGUAAAAAGAAUAUCAUUUCCUUUGGUCUUCCUCGGUCUAUCUCACAAUAUGCAAAUACCCAUAGACCAACUCGCAUUUCCCUUAUGCAGGGGACCGACGCGACGUCGAGUCAUCCUGUGUCAUAAGGAAUCAGCUUCCUCUCCCACAUUCUAAGCAACAGCGAUUAAGGAAGAGAGCAAAUUACAGACUCG